GACGGGACAUCUGUCUUACAAGCCUAAUAAGAGCAUAUUGGCAUCUGUCGGUGUUAAAGCUACAUGCAGCUUUCCCAAGGUUACCAAGCCGGUGCAGAGCAAAUCAGGCGACUUAUAUUUAGCCUUCCAAAUGGCGCACUAUGGAUUAUGCCUUGGGGCUCUCCAGUUUCGUCUUCAGUGCGUUUUGUUGCACGUAGGGGGGUGGUGGAUCUCCACGAGGCUGCUUUUCAGGUGAGCAGCAGGUGUAAUCAGUGAUCUCAGACCGACUCCUCCCUCGAGCUCCUGUCUCUCUCUUUGUCCGGGGAAGGUCGAUGGUCACUAUUCUUCUCUCACCGGAGGGAGAUCAAGCAGGGACAAAAAGAUACCACACAAGACACCCGAGCUGGACGGACGGUGCUCUGGAUAAGAGCUGGGAGCUGCGACACAUACCAGCCAAAGACAACCAAUAGAUUAUUUCAUCAGGGCUGCAGAGUUUGGGAAUCACACAGGGUCAUGGAUUUACUUGCCUUAGAGGCGAAGAACGCAAAUGUGGCAGAAGCGGAGAAGAAGCCCACGUCGAGGCCAAAACCAAAACAACUCAAAAAGCCUAAAAGGAUUGUUUACUUCGAAGUGGAGAUUGUGGACUUGAAGACGAGAGAGAAACUCUUGCUGCUGGACAAGGUGGAGCCAACUGCCACUGUUUUGGAUAUUAAAGCUUUGUUUCACAAAUCAUAUCCAAAGUGGUAUCAAGCCAGACAGUCUCUGCGUUUGGAUCCAAAGGGUAAGAGCCUCAAGGAUGAAGAAAUUCUCCAAACACUUCCAGUGGGAACCACAGCCAGCUUUUACUUCAGUGACCUCGGAGCACAGCUCACGUGGGGGACAGUGUUCCUGGCAGAGUGUGCCGGCCCAUUGAUCCUAUACUUAAUGUUCUACUUCCGUCUUCCCUUCAUAUACUCUCCAAAGUAUGAUUUCACCAGCAGCAAGCAGUGGGUUGUGCACUUGGCCUGCAUGUGUCACUCCUUCCACUACAUCAAAAGAAUCCUGGAGACACUCUUUGUCCAUCGUAUAUCCCACGGGACAAUGCCUCUCAGAAAUAUAUUUAAGAACUGUGGCUAUUACUGGUGCUCUGCAGCUUGGAUGGCAUAUUACAUCAACCAUCCUCUCUACACCCCACCCAUUUACGGGCAGCAGCAGGUGAAUGCAGGUCUUUAUAUUUUCUUGUUCUGUCAAAUAGGGAAUUUUUCCAUCCAUGUUGCUCUGCGUAACCUCAAACAGCCCGGUUUAAAAUUCAAGAAGAUUCCCUAUCCAACGAAAAAUCCCUUCACGUGGAUUUUUUGGCUGGUUUCUUGCCCAAACUACACAUAUGAAGUGGGCUCCUGGAUCGGCUUCACAUUGAUGACCCAGUGUGUGCCUGUGGCUUUCUUCACCAUUGUGGCCUUCAUCCAGAUGACUGUGUGGGCGAAAGGCAAGCAUCGCAGCUACCUAAAGGAAUUCAGAGAUUAUCCCACACUCCGCUCCUCCAUACUGCCCUUUGUCCUGUAAAGCCCGGAGAGAACAAUCUGCAUCCAGUCCCUUACCAACUCCAUCCGUUUGGGCGUCAGGAAGUAUGUGCCAGAGUUAACAGGAUAUAUAUGCAUUUUAGUCAUAUUUAAUGCAUGUAUUACUUCCAUCCACGACAAGGAGUAACAGACUGUCACACAUGAGGACGUGAAAUGCAACAAAGUCUUACUUUAGUCUUGUAUAUUAUCGGAAGAAGAAAGAAUAUGAAACAUGCCUUUAUUUUACUACUUCAAGGUGUAGGAUUUUCAGUCAAGAAUGAUUUCAAGUUUGUAUAAAAAAAAAACAUGAUUUUCAGAGCUUUUGGCAGCUUUAUCUGUAAAAUGUCCAACAAAGCUGUUAAACCAAUAGGCUAAUCUGCACUGUCAAUGUGGUAUGCAGCCUGGAGCUGACGACGCUGCAGUUACACAACUCAUACAUUAAUAUAAUACUCUCAUCCUGAAGUGACCUUUUCGCUGUGGCAGUGCUGUAAGUGAAUGUAGUUGUCACACAAUGCAACAUUGGAACUUCAAUAUUCCUGAAAAUAUAUUAGCUCAAAUGUUUGUGAAGAAAACUUUCGUACAUAACAGGAAUCUUUUUCUUGUUUGCUCAACAGUUAAUUAAAACUUAAUAAAUGAUCACAAAAUAACUGAACAGACAUGAAUUUAUUUGCAAGUCUGGAAGAGGUUUGUGAUACAGAUAAAAAGAUGACAAACACUGAAGAUGCAAACUACUUGCUGUGGAAUGUAACAAUUCAAGUGGCUGGCAUAGAUCAGAACACUUAGCGAGAUCAGGCCAAUUGUAAACGGAUGCCCAGAUAAAAUAUUGCCUUUUAUAAAGAUAUCUGCUCCAUAAACAGAUGCCGAGAAGCUAUACUGAAUGUACAACAAUAUGCUCAGUAGAACAUUUCUUGCAAGUUUAUUACUUUAAUUUGCAUAUGUAUAAAAACAGAUGUUAAGGGGCUGCAUAUUUUCUGUUUACAUCUAUCUGGAAUUGAGCCCCCAAAAUGAAAUGUGAUUGUUGGACCACAGUCAUUUUAUUAAGACAGCACGAUAAAAAUAAAAAAAAACAAGACAAAACAAAAAAAGAAUGUACUGCUUUAUCACAGGGGUCGUAUCUCAGCGUCGCCAAGACGCUGAAAACAGUCCAAAGCAGCAGGUACUGAUGGAAUGAUUGCUCGGCCCUCUUCGCUGCCUGCAUGACCCGGCGCUUUACUGUCGCAGGAAGUCGCCGCCUCUCCACUUAAACUCAUACUUUGCCUGCAGCAGCCUGUUCUGUCCAACAAUAGGGCCACAGGAACAAAAUAAAACCAACUGAAAACUCAAGACCACGAUGAGAGGUAGGAUGACUGUCUUUCAGCUUCUGGUCAUUCUCACAGUGAAGGUGAAAUCCACCGCAGCCCCUCCCCCUCCACACACCCUCCACAUAUAAUGCACAUGAAGGUGGGUGGGAGGAUCCAGAUGGGAGAAGAACUGCAUGAAAGUUUGAGUUGACAGAGUACCAUCUGCCAUCUCGGUCAGACGUCUUCAUAUUCCAGGAAAUGGGUCCUCUGCAGCACUUUUACAUGACGCUCAUAAAUUUUGAGGGCAGGACCGAGUCGGAUAGACAAUCCAGUCAGCACAUCGCUGCGCUGCAUUAGCAGAAGGGACUUCCCAUCAAUUUCCUGUUGAGAAGAGAUGGUCAUUUACCUCAUCACUAAUACUUCCCAACAGGAAACACUGUUCAGACCAGAGGAAACAAUUCACAACACCAUGUACACCUUUUUUCAUUCUGAGGCUUUACCUCGUGGGACAUAAUAAAUAUAAU